AUGACUUUUCUUUAUGAUACAGAAGCCCAAAUAAUUGUGGGUGUAUCUGGUACUAAAUUGUUAUUAAUUAAAAGGGACAAUGCACGUAAAGAUCUUGCUCAAGCUUGUUCUGAUUUGACUGUUAAAGCAAUAAUUAGUGAUCUCGAUGAUGAUUACUUUUCGUUGCUAGUUGAUGAAGCUCGUGAUGUUGCAAUUAAAGAACAAAUGGCAGUUUUACAAUUGGCACUUAUGAAGGUUGCAAAACAUUACAAGAAGAUUCAAGAAAUUUUUGACAUGCUUCAAAAGAUGGCUACCGUUGUGGGGGGUUCAUGCAAACAGAAAGAAAUUCUUCAAAUGAAUCAAUAUGAGCAAAUAGUUGAAAGAAUUGCUCGCGGUGAAAUACCAACUGGAAAAGACGAGCCUAAGAAUGAUGCUGCAAGAACUGAUGCAGGUUGUAUUUUGUAUGCUAUGGAGGAUUUUGAGUUUGCAUUCUUGUUGCAUCUUAUGCAACUUAUCUUGGGGAUUUCUUAUGAGUUGUCACAAGCACUACAAAGAAAAGAUCAAGACUUUUUAAAUGCAAUUGAUUUAGUGAAGGUAGUCUAG